AUGGAAAUUCACGAAGUUUGCCCACAGUUUAGCAGCGAAAUGGUCAAGAAGAUCGAGAAACUAGCAACAUCUUCUGAUCAGGAGCUGAUGAUGCUGAAAACGAUUGUGCACGAAGGCUGGCCAACAUCAAUUAAAGAAGUUCCACAAGUUCUCAAACCGUAUUGGUGCUACAGAGACGAAAUUAGUAUUGAAAAUGGAAUACUCAUGAAAGGGAAAAGAAUCAUCAUACCAUCAACCCUUCAAGUUGAAAUUGUUGGAAAACUUCAUGCAGCGCACCAAGGUGCAGAGAAAACAAAACUUCGUGCCAGAACAUCCGUCUUUUGGCGAAAAAUGAACGAAGAUAUCGACAGAAUAUCAACCAACACAAAUCCAACAACCACUCAUCCCAACAGAGAUACCACCUCGCCCUUGGCAUACAAUUGCCACUGA